AUGGAUCCAGUCCUGACACCAGAAAUGAUACAUAUCGGACCUCGCCAUUAUAGGAAAAAUGCACCAAAGCAAUGUUUUGUUCAGUCCUUUCCUACGUCCAUUAGUCAAAUCGAAGAGGUUCCAGAUGUUGAAGAAGUAGAUAUAGAUGAAAAUGAUCCAGAAACUAUGGAAAUAAACAGGAAAAUUAUGGUAGUUGAUAACGGGUACACUGCUUCAUUUAAGGUUCCACCGUUAUUUCACAAGUUCAUUGUUGGUGUUCAGCAUUCAAAAAAAAAACUGUUAGAAGACGAAUUUCGUUGUUACAUUGAUAUCCCGAAUUCUGGUUCUAGUUCUUCAAUGGUCUCUGUUACUGCGACGUCAAGAUUUAACGUUUUAAAUGCAUGUCGUCGUAUUCUCUGGAUGGUGACUGAUGCACGUAAUCGCUGUCAACCAACUCAUUUCAUUUGUUUACCAGUUACUUGUCCAACCGUUAAAGAUAAUUUUAAGACAUUCAAACAGUCUGUUUUACAAGCUGCUAGUGAAUGUUCUCAUGAUUUUAUGGGCGUGGAUAGUUCUAUCUUUCAUUCAGUGUCUACGUUACACUUCACUUUGGUAACUCUUGUGUUGGCUGAUGAAUCCGAAGUUGAAAAAGCAUGUGAAAUAUUAACGACUUUCUACAAAUCUCAAAGAGGUAUUCAGUUGUUUGCAUCUGGUCCUCUCCAACUAACUAUUAAAGACCUUGAAUAUAUGAAUGACGACCCUACUUCUGUACAUGUACUUUAUGCAAAGCUGAUGGAAUCAUCGGAUUCACAAAGACUACAAACAAUUGCUAAUGAACUAUUGAAUCUACUUACUGAACAAAAUCUAACCAGCACUGGGUCAUAUCGUCCGGAUAAUAAUGUAAAAUUACAUAUGACUUUACUUAAUUCUAAGUAUCGUCAGGAAAAAAUCAAUCGUGACACUUCAUUUCAAGGUUUCUCACCUAAUACUCGUACAUCGUUCAGCAUAACCGGGAUUUUAAAAAUUGCAGGAAAUUUUUACUUUACUGAAAAUCAGUCUUUUCAUCAAAUUUGUUUGUGUGAUCGUUUGUCAUUUGAUUCUUCAACUCAGUUUUAUAAAUGCUGUUGUAAGCUAGAGUUCACUACUGAUGGUAUCCAUUGUUCUCAUAUGAAUAAAAUGUGAAUAGCUUUAAUUUGAAAUAUUUCAGUUUAAGUCUUUCAUCUACAUUUUAUGAUUUGUGUAUUCUGAAAAUUCGACUUCCCAGAUUAUUUCUUGAGUUAUUUGAUGACAGUUUGAUAACAACACUAUCUCAUACUGUGUACAGUUUUAUUUUAUAUCACUGUUCUCUUCAGUUGCACAAUCUUUCUAUGUAACCGCGAUGUUCCAGAAAAGUAAUUACUCGAAUCCAUAAUCAGUUUGUCAUUUCUCAUACAAACUGCACUACCAUUCCUAAUAAUAGGUUUUUUCUGAUUGUAGAUAGGUAAUAUUAGCUAGUUAUGUCUACAAUCAAGAUUUUCCUUCAAACAUAUUGUUUAUUUUAUAAACUUAAGUCUACAUGACUGAAUGAUUAGAUCAACUCCAGUUAUUCUACUCGUAGUUGAGUAACUCAAAAUAAAAUACUAUUAUUAGUUCAUUUUUAUAACAAGUUGUCGAUAGAAUACAAGGAAUUAUUUUAGUUUUCGAAGUUAUUCUUCAAUGUUAAUUAAUCUUAGUAUCUUGCUUUAAAUUAGAAUUUGAUUCUGUUUGAUUAACAGCGCACGUGGUUCAGACAAGUUGGUUGUGUACAUUUUUAACUUUCAUAUAAUUUAAGUCAUGAAACUUAAUAGUAGUUAAUAUAGGGUGGUUGUAAAAAUUGUUGAAUUUCAUAACAUCCAAUGAUCUAAGAUAAUUACUGGAAACUAGUUAGCAUUAGACAGCUGUUCCAUUCUACAAUGGGAUUCCCAAGCUGUGUAUGUACACGACCACAUCCGAGCUCCAGUCUUAGACCUUCAGGUCUCGCGACAAGCGCCUAACCUUGGUGAAGUUGUGCAUACUCACUGUUGAGUAAUUUUAUGUUAGAACGAUACAGUUAUUCAUAACUUCCGGGAUUUCAAUGGCUGUUUGAAUAAGUUCAGUUCACGAUUUAAUUCCAGCUAACAGAUGUACUAGCACUGAUAGACUAUUCACCUCUUGAUUUUCAUGUCUCGGCAUCCCAUCAACCUUUCUAAUAAAUUGAAUUCAGUGGUGAUGUAUAUUAUUUGUCUUAACUAAAUUGCUUUUGUUAUUAUCUAGUUAAUUUCAGCCACAAACGGUUAGCAGAAAUUCGUUUAAUAUUAAUUUUAUUACUGAUACGCUUUAAGACUUUAAAAUACCUUACAAUUUACUUGUUCAAAAUUGGUUGUGCCGUUAAUUUUAAUAAAAGAUUAGUCCUGUGAAGGCAAUCGAAAUCAUUGCACAAUUAUUGACUUUUACGAAUUUGUCUUAUACAGUUUUAGUUAUACCUUUGAAAAUCUAUGAUUUUAUUUUACUUUAGUAAUAUCC